AUGGCCGUACCAAAACCUACCACCUGCAAAGAAGCUAUAACUCGGUGGGAGAAGGCGAAAGGAGAAAAUAGCACCGAAGCCAAAGUGGUCGAACUCCAAUUUCAAUGGCCUCCCAUAGAAAAGAUGGAUGGAGCUCUAUCAACGCUGGCUGCCUGCGAAAAGUUAAGUCUAUCAUCAAACAUGAUUGACAAAAUAGCUGGUAUUGCCGGCAUGAAAAAUCUUAGAAUACUAUCAAUUGGUCGCAACUACAUUAAAUCAUUGGCUGGCGUGGAAACAGUGGCAGAUACACUUGAAGAACUGUGGAUGAGUUACAACCCAGUAGACAAGCUCAGAGGCAUAGGUGCUUUAAAAAAAUUGUCAGUUUUGUAUAUGGCUAAUAAUAAUGUAAAGGAGUGGGUAGAAUUUAAUAGACUACAGGAGUGUCCCGCAUUGAGAGACUUGGUUUUCAUUGGCAACCCAAUCAUGGAAGCUCAACCUGAUAUUGAGACGUGGCGCACUCAAGCCGCUAACCGUUUGCAGCAAGUAACCAAGCUGGACGGGGCACCUAUCAUAAGGGUUUAA